UCCACCCGACCUAGUUUUUCUUUGGAUGGUUUCGAAAGCAAAAUGCGAUUUGAUUUGAUCGUGCUGACGUGAUCCUAUUUACUCAAUGCAACUAAUACCACAAAUGGUUGAAAGAUAAAUUCCCGCAGAGGUCAAUGUCAAAAAGCGGGAGAAAUUUAUUUGAAUGAACAUGAUUUCCAAGGAUUUUACUGCCAUUGAUUUAUAUAAACUAGCAAAAGCCAUCACAGAUGCUAUAAAGCCACUUCCUCCUCUGUGGAGAUUGACUCUGUAGAGCAGACACGAUUCCCUUUGCAACAGAAACAAGCCUCCAGCAGAAAGCAGCUCACGGAAAAUGACCCGGCUGGUUGCGGCUGCACGGUGCGCGCGGCAAACAAAUCCGACAGUGGAUGAAAUAGAAAGAGACAGCGAUCAAAAUUGUAAUCUUGGAGGCUCAUAAGAGUGCGUGCUUAUGGGGUUAUGGGGAUGGAGAUGAGCUGAGGCAGUGACACGCAGGACUUUAUUAGAGAUGAUCAUCGUUUAUAUCACAGAACUGUCGCCACGCUGUUUUUCACCACCUCACCAUGGAGGAUCGGGCUGGUGCAUCAUGGGAACUAAUCUGCAGGGGAACAGACACAACACACGACAAGGACUGAAGGGUCGUCAUGGAGUCUGACAGCUACACCGCAGGCCCGGCCACCACUGACUGGAUGGGGAUACCAGUGGGCCUGGAGGUUACGGAGGCCCAUCAGGAUCAGGGAGGAGAUGCCUCACCGGUCAGUGGUGUGACCUGGCACAUGCCGUACUCACUGGGCUUCCAGGUGUCGCUCACCGCCUUCCUCAUGCUCGAGCUGGUGCUGGGGUUCAGCAGCAACCUGACGGUGCUGGUGCUCUACUGCUCACAGUCUAAUUUGGUGGACUCUGUGAGCAACAUGGUGACGGUCAAUCUGCACGUGUUGGACGUAGCGGUGUGCUUGCUGUGUGUGCCGCUCACUCUGGUGGUGGUGCUGCUGCCGCCAGGACCCAAUCUGGCCUUGCUCUGCUGCUUCCACGAGGCUUGUGUCACAUUCGCCAGCAUCGCCACAGCCAUCAACAUCCUGGUCAUCAGCCUGGACCGCUACGACAUCUCGGUGCGUCCGGCCAACAGGCUGCUGACAACACGGAGAGCGGCGCUGCUCCUUACUGCCGUCUGGAUCACGUCGGUUGCAGUGUUUUUCAUGCCUUUCUUGGAGGUCCAGUGGUCCGGUGCAUCAGAAGCAGAGGAAACAAGUCAGGUGACCUCCUCAGUUGGUAUUGGCGGAACAGCUAUGCCAGCAUGGCGGAACAGGACCCUUCUAUGUGUCGGUGGUCAGGGCUAUUACACAGGUCUGGGAAUGUAUUACCAUCUCAUACUUCAGGUGCCCAUCUUCUUCGUCACCGUGGUGGUCAUGUUGUUCACCUACUCCAGAAUACUGAGGGCUCUGAACAUCCGCAUCGGCUCUCACAUGAGGAAGAGCCAGCGGAGAAGGGGGUGCCACAAGAGACAGAAAGAGAGGAAGGUGGGACUCAGGAGGAACGACGAAGAGGCAGCAGGGGAACAGUGCACCAUAGAUGGUACCAAACAGCUCAGCCACCCCCCACUCAUUCCUUCCCAGUCUCCAACCCCAACAGCUACCUCUCCCCCCGCCCAGUCCUCCGCCGCUCCUCUCAUCGCCUCUGAGGCCGGCGCUGCCACUGCCCUGCCGGCCACAAUGGGCGUCCAGGCCUCUGUCUCGGCGAUAAUAGCGCUGCGUCGGGCAGUGAGACGCCAUCGAGAUCGUCGAGAACGACAAAAACGGGUGUUCAAGAUGUCCCUCAUCAUCAUCACGACCUUCCUGGGCUGUUGGGCUCCUCUUUCCGUGACCAACAUACUCAUACUAAGCAUUGGCCCCAGUGACGUCCUGGUCAGCCUGCGGCUCUGGUUCCUGGCCCUUGCUUAUGGCACCACUGUCUCCCACCCGUUGCUCUAUGCCUUCACCCGACAGAAACUGCGCCGUGCCCUUCGUGCCAAAGUGAAGAAACGGGUGGUGUCUCUGCUGCAGGUGGACCCGUCCCCAGGGGGCACGGUGAUCCACAACUCCUGGGUGGAGACCAGAAAAACCAGCCGACAGGUGCGGCUGGAAGCAAGAGAAGGCACAGACCGUCACCUGGCCGAGGCCCUUUGAGGCCGAGACCCUUGGGUCCAGCUGGAAUAAUUAAAAAGCAGAAUAAGGUCGCAGGUGCGUUCCAUCAUGAACUUCACUGAAGCGAGGAGCCGCUGUAAAAAAUGCAAAGAGCACAUUUUUUACCUCUGGGAGACGUUUAAAUGUAACCACCAGCAAGGCCCGGCUAAACACGGCUCCGCUCACCUCAGGCACAGGUUGAAACGGAACGAUGUCGUCAGAAUGGAGCACAUAGCUUCCACACAUGUAAAUGAGGCUGUAUUAUUUGUACCUAC